AUGAGUAAACAGUCGCAAAUGACGAACUUUUUCAAACAACCGCACAAUACAUCGACUUCUGAUAAUCAAAACUCAAAUAUUACAAAAAAACAUAAUUUGGAUACUACUCAAAAUGUUGAUGAACCAUCACUCAAAAAGGUAAAAAUAUUAAAAUAUAAAGAUAGUUACAUUGAAUAUGGCUUUACAUACUUAAACGAGAAUGGAAAGGAUGUUCCUCAAUGUGUUAUUUGUGAAUUAUUUAGUAAUGAGCACGUGACAAAGAUUAAAAAAAUACCUAUGUCUAAUGAUACGAUAAGUAGAAGAAUAAAUACUAUGUCUAAUGAUAUUGAAAAUCAGCUUAGUGAAAAAAUCAAAAAAUCAAUUUUUUACGCAAUACAGCUCGACGAAUCUACUGAUAUAAAUAAUGAAGCUAUAUUAUUGAUGUAUGUGAGUGCCGUAAACACUCGCAUUUUUAAAGUGAUGUGUGAAGAAAUGGGUUCAGGUUUUAAAAAUUUGCUAUUACACACUCAUGUUCGAUGGUUGUCGCGAGGAAAAGUUUUGACUAGGUUAUUUGAACUGAAAACGGAAGUAGAAGUAUUUUUGAGAGACAACAAAUCACCACUUAGUGAUUAUUUCGAAAAUAAUGUGUGGUUAGCCAAACUUGCAUAUCUUUCCGAUAUAUUUUCAAUUCUUAAUGAAUUAAAUAUAAGUAUGCAAGGUCCACAUACUAAUCUUUUUAUAUCGUACAAUAAAAUUGACGCAUUCCUAAAAAAAAUAAGACUAUGGACAAAUCGAAUAAAAAACUACACAUUUGAUAUGUUUCCAAAUUUUUUUAACAUGACUCAGGAAAAGAUAUUAACAAAAAAUGAAAUAAAUGAAAUGUGUAUUAUCAUAGAAGAACACUUAGGUAGAUUAAGAGAAAAAAUGUCCAAAUAUUUCGACCCCACAAAAGACAUUCGUAAAAAUUGUAAUUGGGUAAUAAAUCCAUUCGUACAAUCUGAUCAAAAUAUACUAUCAUUAACAAAUGAAGAAAAGUUGAUUGAAUUGAGUGCAGAUGUGGGCUUACACGAGAUUUUCAGAAGCAACAAAAAUAUAGGUCAAUUUUGGAUAAAGGUUCAAAAUGAAUAUCCUAGUUUGGCUGAAGAAGCAUUAAAAUUACUUAUUCCAUUUUCUACUACAUAUUUGUGUGAAAAUGGUUUUUCCACAUUAACAACAAUAAAAAAUAAAACUAGAAACCGUCUGGAAAUUUCAUCGGCUAUGAGAAUUAGCUUGACGAAGUCAAUUAAACCAAGAAUUGACGAAAUAAUAUCACAUCAACAGCAACAACCAAGCCAUUAA